AAAAAUCUAGAAAUUAGAUUUAUGUUAUAGUAGACAGCAGAUGAUAGUGAGUUCAAAUUUUCCAAUUUUCAAGAAUAAAUAAAAGUCUUCUACACCUUAGAUGGUGGGGAGGUAGAGCAACAUGGUUGGAUUAGAAUCUUCAUCUGACAUGCUCUUCAACCUAUAAAUUUAAGAGGCCUGUGUGUGCCAUUGACAAGAACAAAAGUUGAAUGCUUUUAGAAUUGGAAGGGCUCCGCCUUCAUUUUCAUAGAUUAAGGUAACCUGCGUGAUAUUUAAGCUGCGCGCUUUCAGCAUGCCAAGCCCGAAUACAAAUGUUUGCCUCUCAUGGCUUGCCUUGUAUGUACUCUUAAUUUCAGCCAUACCCAAUUGUGUUCUUCGUUUAAAAGCCGAUCCCCAAAUUGUAGAAGCCGGUCAUGGCUGUAGUCUGAUUAAUACUACGAAUGCCAACGCUUUGACUGAAAACCGCAAAAAUGUUUUCUCUUUGCUUGUUGAAAACAUAUCUUCGACAGGCUUCGCUACGGCUUUAUUUGGGAAUGGCACAAAUAAGGUAUAUGGUCUUGCCCAAUGCAGAAACGACUUGUCAAUGGAGGACUGUACUGACUGCUAUGCAGCUGCUCAAAAACAGAUUGUGAUAUACUGUCCGUUCGAGAUUGGGGCACGUAUGAUUUUCGAUGGGUGUUUUUUGCGUUAUGAGAAUUACACUUUCUUUGAUCAGGCACAGGAUGCCGGAAAUUCCAACGUGUGCAUCUCUGACGCCUCCUCAAGGCCUAAACUUUUCAGCGAAACUACACAGAGGCUGCUAGCUGACGUCAGAUCCAAGGCUCUCAAAAACGAGGGUUUUGCCACUGAUGAAAUCAGUGCUAAUGGAUUAUCGGCCGCCAUUUAUGGACUGGCUAUGUGCAGGCGGACACUUACCACUAAUAGCUGUGACGUUUGUCUUCAGCACGCUAUCCUGCUCGUAGAACGGUGCUUUUCGUUACAGGAUGGAAGGGGUCUUGAUGCCGGCUGUUAUUUGCGUUACUCUACCCUUCCUUUUUUCACUAUUUCCUCCUCUUCCUCAAGCCAUUCGAAGAUUGUAGCCAUCUUGGUCGGAACGUUGGGAGGAGCAGUGAUCAUUGCUUUGUUGUGGGUGUUAUUUAUAUUCAGGCACUCUUUACGAAAGCUGUACAAAAAGGUCCCGGAUCCCAGCCAGCCCGAAGAAUCAGAGGUAUAUUUUGCUGCCGACGAUGACCCUGAAUUGGACCAUCCAUUUAGUUAUGAUUCCCUUCGAGCUGCAACCAAAAACUUCGACGCAAGUAUGAAAAUCGGGGAAGGAGGAUUUGGUCAUGUUUAUAAGGGAGUAUUGAGCAAUGGCCGUGAGAUUGCAGUGAAGAAGCUUGUCGUGCAGCAGUCGACGAGGGCGUUAGACGAAUUUGUGACAGAAGUGAAGCUGAUCAGCGCUGUUCGUCACCGUAAUCUUGUUCGUUUGCUUGGGUGUUGCACACGAGGACUAGAGAAACUACUGGUUUACGAAUUCAUGCCGAAUAUGAGCCUUGACAAACAUCUCUUCGCGAAUACGGCAAAAUCUCUAAGCUGGAAAACACGAUUUCAGAUCAUUUUGGGAACGGCGCAUGGACUUUCAUAUUUAAACGAAGAAUGCCGGCUUAUAAUCCUGCACAGGGAUAUCAAAGCUGCCAACAUACUUCUGGAUAAUGACUUUCAGGCCAAAAUUGCCGAUUUUGGACUGGCAAAGGUCUUUCCAGAGGACAUCACACAUCUUACCACAAGAGUCGGUGGUACAAUAGGGUAUACUGCACCAGAAUAUGCUGUUCAUGGCCAAUUGACGGAUAAGGCGGAUGUGUACAGCUAUGGCAUGAUAGUUCUGGAAAUUGUCAGUGGGAGAAAGUAUUUUGAUUCUAAACUUCCAGCACCGAUGCAACUCCUUUUAGAAUGGGCAUGGAAUCUAUAUGAGAAGAGUAAGGCAUUUAGAACGGUGGACCGAAGAUUAAUUGAGGAAGAGCCGGAGUUGAAUAAAGAAGAGAUAUUAAAGGUAAUCCAGAUUGCUUUUCUGUGCACACAAGGUUCUCCUGAAAUGAGGCCAUUAAUGUCCCAAGUGGUGUCGAUGCUAAUAAGCAAUACAGAGAUAUUACCUCAGCCCACUCGCCCGGCUUUUAUUGACGACAACUCCACUUCAAACCGAUUGGGUUCGGCUAAUAUUGGGUGGAUGGAAGGUUCAUCGGUAGCAUAAUUGCAAACCACCCUACACAUCUCUUUCGAACCAGGCUAAGUCGAGGAAUUGGGCCCCUCUCUCUCUCUCCCUCUCUCCCUCUCUCAAGUAGACCCAAAUGCACUAAUUCCUUAGUUCACGCUUCUUGCAAUUUGAUUUCAAUCGAAAUGACAGGCAGUUUUAACCUAUGUUAGUCAGCUUCUGGUAGUUCUUUUCGUUGUGGUUUUCAGUCAGUCCAUCUUGUUAUGCAUUUUGAAGUGAGAGUCCCUAUUUUUAUGGUCUUCGCUAUCUGUACAAUGUCUUUGAUAAAUUUAUAAUAUAAAGGGUUGGUUGUUUCUGUUGAA